UUUUUAUUAAAACCUGGUCUAACAAGUCACUUCUUUUAGUCACUACGCUUCUUCUUCUUCUUCUUCUUCUAGUUUAAUGGCUUUUUAGUUUUUAAUUUUUAACCAUUAAUUGUUAGUCUCUACAAAUCCCAGUACCCGAAAUCAACUUGACGGGUCAUCUAAAGACCCGUUUUUGCCAUCUGGGUCGAGAUUGAAAGUUGAAGAAACUUUUUUCUUUCGAAAACCUUAUGGAUUAGCGGUGAUUAGUAAAAGAAAUGAAGAAUGCGGGUACUGAAACUAGUGGCUCUGAGUUGCAUUUACGAUGUGGGGCUUGGUUAGGUUGACUUUGUCGUAUUUCUUGCUUUGUUUCUUUGUAUUUAUUAAUGUGGUCUUGUUGAGGAGUUCGGACUUCGGAGUGAGUGUUUUUUUUUUUUUUUUUCAUCAUGGCUCGGCGUCAUGGAUGGGAACUUCCGGCACACACGUUUCAGGUUGUGGCUAUAACAGUUUUUUUCUUGCUCUCUGUUGCAUAUUAUGCCUUUUUUGCCCCCUUUCUUGGAAAGGAAAUCAUCUAUGAAUAUGUGGCACUGGGUGUUUAUUCUGUCUUGGCACUCUCUGUAUUUAUUCUUUAUGUUCGAUGCACUGGUAUUGAUCCUGCUGAUCCAGGAAUUCUGCUUGAAGGGAAUGCAUCUUCUAUUGAAGAACCCAGCAAGGUAGGAUUAAAGGAUGGAGGAAACUAUAAUAGGCAUGGCUCGAGUUAUUGUUCAAAACUUGGAGGUUUCUUUUGUGGUUUUCUUGUAAGAGAAGAUUGCUACAAAGAUGAUCUUCUUCAACAACAAUCCGGAGAUGAGGAUGCUUUAUUCUGCACAUUGUGCAAUGCUGAGGUUCGCAAGUUCAGCAAACAUUGUAGGAGUUGCGACAAAUGUGUCGAUGGAUUUGAUCAUCAUUGCCGGUGGUUGAAUAACUGUGUGGGGAGGAAAAAUUAUAUCACAUUUGUGUGCCUCAUGGCAAUGAGCCUUCUUUGGCUUCUUGUUGAAUGCGGGGUUGGCAUUGCUGUAUUUGUCCGAUGCUUUGUUGAUAAAAAGGGGAUAGAGAAUCAGAUAUCUGAAAAACUUGGAGAUGGAUUUUCCCGGCCCCCCUUUGCUAUUGUGGUGGCCUUAUGCACGGCAGUUUCUUUUCUAGCCACUGUGCCUUUGGGAGAACUAUUCUUUUUCCACGUGAUUCUGAUCCGAAAGGGUAUUACAACAUAUGAGUAUGUUGUUGCCAUGAGAACACAAAGCGAACCGCCUGGACCGUCUUUAGAUGGUGGUGAUCAACAAAGUCUGGCAUCAUCGCCGACUAGUUCUGCUGUGACUGCCAUAAGUGGAAAAAGCUCUCUUGGAAUGGGCUUGCAAUAUAAAGGUGUUUGGUGUACUCCUCCAAGAAUCUUCAUGGAGCACCAGGAUGAAAUUAUACCACAUCUGGAGCCAGGACGCCUACCAUCCACAGUGGAUCCAGAUGCGGUGCAGUCAUCUGACAUGGGGAAAAAAUUAGGCCAGCGUCCAGUCCCAGUCCGAAUCAGUCCAUGGAAACUUGCUAAAUUGGAUUCUAAUGAGGCAAUUAAAGCGGCUGCAAAAGCUAGAGCAUCAUCAUCUGUGCUUCGUCCAGUCAGUUCUCGAUCUCAUCCAUAUGAUGCUGAUCUUUUAUCCAGUAGCAAUGUGAGUGGAAGAAGCAGUCCAAUCAGUACUGAUCAAGGGUUUCACAACAGAAAUGCUAGAGCUGGGACAUCAAAAUUAUCUCCUACCAAGAGCUCAUAUCCACCCAGUCAUGCCAGCAAGGAAGAUACUGAAACAUGCCAUCAUAGUAACAGUAACCUUAGCAGUCCUCAACUUUCCAACAUUACACCUUCACCAAUGGAGCAGCGGGUUUCAAACAGAGAUCAUUUGAAUCCCAUUUAUCAAUCAUCAGCAGAUCAAUCUCCUCGGUCAAUAACACAAAGCGAACAGAUUGAAACUGUAGUUCACGAGAAUUUGGCACGAAACCCUGUGAGAAAUAUCAGCUCGGGUCUUGCUGAAAACAUGGGAUCUUCAGUCUUUUGGGAUCAAGAAGCUGGGCGUUUUGUUUCCUCAUCUUCCAGAGGUAUUGGAACGGAGCUAUUAUACACAGGUCCAUCCAUAUUUUUUGGCGGUCCUGUUGUGAAUGAACCUGCAACCAGCGGGACAAGAAAUAGCAGCUCAGCAGGUGCUGGCCUAAAUAGAGGUUCCGCAGCAAGUUAUCAGCAGGGUAGAUCACAGAGGGGUGGCCAGCUUCCUGUAUUUGUUCCAAGUAAUUCCCAACAAAACCAGUUCUCGUCUAGAUUUCCUCGACCUAGCCACUGAUUCCUUUUUCUAGGUACAUAGAGCUAGAUCCAGGAUUUUUUUUCUUCUCUUAUUUUUAUUUUUUAAACCUUUAUGUGCAGAUGUUGAAUUUCUGUUCCAUAUUGCUAAUCUGUGGGCUAACGCUAUCACCAAUUCACCCCAAGGGUAGUGAUUUCAGUUUUUAA